AUGUUGCGAGUCGGGUCCUGGCUGUACGGCAAGAAGCCGGGGCAGUCUAUGGACUCGCAAGUUGAGAUAAAAGACUUGGUUGAUGCGCUGACAGCGGCAACCCUCAUUCUCAAUGAUGAUGUUGAUGGUGCGGAGAAUGGUCUCUCUACGGGUACUUCGUCUUUUCACAAUCUGGGUAGAGGUGUGGUCGCAUUCAUCCGGGCGACUUUAGGCUUCGAGCAGGAGAUUAUGCGACAAGCAUCCGAGCGCCUUUAUGAAGCAGAAACCAGCGCCGCCAACGACCAAACCCGGUCCCAGCAAAACGCGCAAUCGCCCAAUGCCUUUCACUCCGAUAUCUAUGCCCCCGGUACCGAAUAUGCGCUAUGCCAGGCAAUCGCCCAAUUGAUGAACGCGGUUGUUGGGCUACUAAAUGAAAGCCUGACGGACUGCGUCAAAGCAUUCUAUCGCCUGAAGAAGGCGUAUGCCACAUUAGACGCUAUCAUGAAGAUGGAAGAGAAGUUCAUGGAGCAAAGGGGUACACAGAAAGUUCUACUGCCAACUGCGGGUGACCUGUCAAGCUCGAGCUCCGUAUGCCCAGACCCGACGUCGGAAUCAGCCAGCCUUUCAUCGAGAAAAAGCGCAAAAGCAGCUAUCCCCGACCAAACAGAGCUCAAUUCGUCAAUGAAUAGAUUGGCGAUCUCCCCCGGAGCGAAAUCUCCAGCCACCUCAACAGGCACUUCUACACCUGCAACACAUAUUCAUCACGACCCUGACUCGGACAUCUUCAAAAACGAAAUCGAUGUUUUUGUGCACUCUGGCACCAACUUCUGCCUCGGUAUUCAACUUUUAAUGAUAACUUUGGUCCCACCCACAUUCAGCAAGCUUCUUUCCAUUAUUGGCUUCCGCGGCGACAAGCAACGCGGGUUGAGAAUGCUCUGGCAAGCCAGCAAGUUUCACAACCUUAUCGGUGCCAUGGCUGCUCUGACUUUGCUGGCAUAUUACAAUGGCAUUGUCCGAUACUGCGAUAUUACGACCGACUCAACUCCUGGCGAGGCCGAUGUCGAGGGAUACCCUCAGGAGAGGUUGGCUUUGUUGCUGACUGAGAUGCGGUCUCGGUUCCCCAAAAGCCGGCUUUGGAUGCUCGAAGAAUCGCGGAUGUUGAGCGCCAAUAAGAAGCUGGACAGCGCCCUGGAACUGCUGUCAACGGACAACAAGAGUCCACUCCAGCAGGUCGAGGGUUUGUGCGUGUUCGAAAAGAGCUUGAACGCACUGUUCCUCCACAAAUAUGAGAUCUGCGCUGAAGCAUUCCUUGAAUGCGUGGAACUUAACUCAUGGUCUCGUUCAUUGUAUUACUACAUCGCUGGAUCAUGCCAUGUUGCCUUGUACCGGCAAUCACUCCACGACCCAAAGCUUGCAGAAGAACAUGCGAAGAAAGCCACCGUGUACAUGCGAAAGGCACCUGAAUUCGCCGGGAAAAAGAAAUUCAUGGCCCGACAACUGCCAUUUGAUACCUUUGUGAUCCGGAAGCUUGCCAAAGUGGAGGCGCGCGCCAAAGAAUGGAACGUGCCUUUUGUGGAUGCGAUUGGAGUCGACCCCGUUGAAGAAAUGAUCUUCUUCUGGAAUGGACACAGUCGCAUGACCAACGAGCAGCUGGAAGAGUCUCUGACCCGACUAGAAUGGUGCGAAAGCGAAAAGAACAAGACAUGGUCUCGCGAGGGAGUUGAGGAAAAGGCAGUCCUGGAGCUUGUCCGGGCUGCCGUUUUGCGAUCCCUGUGCAGACACGAUGAAGCGAAAAAUAUCCUGCAGACCCGCGUUUUGAACCACGACAAGGCUCUAUUCAAGGCCCAUCUGAAGGAUGAUUGGGUUCACCCAGUGGCGCAUUUCGAGAUGGCCGCCAACUUCUGGAUGGAGCGUCCCACUUACCAAACUCUGCAUGGAAUUACUUCCUCCAAGGCGUUGGACGAUGCGCCCGUGACAUCUGGGGAGACGAGCCUGGAGGCCGAGAGAAAGCAGGUGGCUGAGUGCAAGAAAUACCUUGAUCAUGCUGCUCGCUGGGAGGCCUACGAGCUUGACACUCGUAUUGGACUCAAGGUUACUGCUGCGAUCGAAGCAGUACACAAAUGGGAGAGCAUGCACCCCACCGUCUAA